ACGUCAAAAUAAGAAGAUACAAUGUAAUAACAAAUGAGCUCGCGUCUCAUCGUUUGAUCCUCUGAGCCUCCAUACGUGCAUAGAUCCAGAUGUGGAUUGCUUUAUUUUUUUUCGCAGAUGAUUCUUCCGCUCAAGUCUGAUCCUGGAUCUUCACCCCGGGGGCUCAUGUUCUCGAUAUCAGGGCUCUGUUUCUGCACGACUACCUAAUUAACUCAUAGAUCCACCUUAAAAACAGGGCAAUCCCGGGCUGGUCCCUCCCUCUCUCGCGGUCUCCAGCACCAGUACACCUCCCUCUCUCUCUCUCUCUCUCUCUCGGCUCCCCUGCUUAGCCAGGAAAAGACGCUGAUCCGGACGUUGGGUCUUUGCUCUGGUCCUGUUUGAAUGUGUCCCCCUCCCCUCCCCACAGUCCCACCCAUCGCUCUCCAACACAAACACACCACCAGACCUCAUUUACUGGAUCUGCUCUUUGUUAUCAGAGCCUUUCCCUCCUCUGCUUUUAUUCCAGGAGAGAGAAAGGAAAGGGGUUUACUUCUUCCUUUUAACGGAUUCAUUUCUGACUGAUUCGGGAUCUGGUUUGUUCUCCUUCCUCGGGGCUGCCGCUGCAGGACCAGAGCUGAUGCCGCCGCGAAUGCAAUUACUGUCAAAGAAACUGGUUUAAACGCCGGAACAAAAAAGGGACGUUGAAGGUCUCCCCCCCCCCCUGUCUGUCAGUCAUUUUCCACCACUGCAGUUGUCCAGCUGGAGCCCUGCUGGGGAAUGGACGAGCCCCUCUAACCUGAAGACUCACCAACACAAGCACAGGACGUGAUUUGGGCGAGGACCCCCCUCUUCUUCCUCCUCCUCCUCCUCCUCCUCCCCACGCCACCCCUCGAGUGGAGCGACAAGCCAGCAGAACAUGUUUACCGCCCUGUUUCCCGAGAGGAGCAUGCACGUCCUGGUCAGGAGUUAACCUCAGCGCUCAUCUCCUCCACCUGCCUCCUGUGAGAACUACACUACCCAUAUAGCUGUGAACUGACUACCCAGUCUGACAUUUAGAUCAGUUUAACAAAGAGACACUCAGAGGAACAACAACUACAACAACAACAACACUGCUGUGAAGAGGACCAACAUGGCCAACAACACGGCGGACCACCCUCCGGGGAAUUCGGUUGCAGAGGGCAACCAUGACGGGGACUUUGGGGUGACCGUGGCAGAUCUGAGGAAUCUGAUGGAGCUGCGGAGCGCCGAGGCUGUCAGCAAGAUACAGGACACGUACGGAGAUGUGCAGGGCAUCUGCCGCCGGCUGAAAACAUCACCUAUAGAAGGUCUGUCUGGUAACCCCGUUGAUUUGGAGAAACGUCACACUGCGUAUGGCCAGAACUUCAUCCCCCCGAAGAAGGCCAAGACGUUCCUGCAGCUGGUGUGGGAGGCUCUGCAGGAUGUCACGCUUAUAAUCUUGGAAAUCGCUGCCAUCAUCUCGCUGGGCCUGUCCUUCUACCAUCCACCAGGGGGCGACAGUGAAGCAUGUGGCCAGGUUGCAGGCGGCGUCGAGGACGAGGGCGAGUCCCAGGCUGGCUGGAUCGAGGGUGCCGCUAUCCUGUUCUCGGUCAUCAUCGUGGUCCUGGUGACGGCCUUCAACGAUUGGUCCAAGGAGAAGCAGUUCCGCGGGCUGCAAAGUCGCAUCGAGCAGGAACAAAAGUUCACCGUCAUUCGUAAAGGCCAGGUCAUCCAGAUCCCUGUGGCCGAGAUCGUGGUGGGAGACAUCGCUCAGAUCAAAUACGGAGACCUGCUGCCUGCUGACGGGAUCCUGAUCCAAGGCAACGACUUGAAGAUUGACGAGAGCUCUCUGACCGGCGAGUCCGAUCAGGUCCGCAAGUCUCUGGAGAAGGACCCCAUGCUGCUGUCUGGGACCCAUGUAAUGGAAGGAUCAGGCAGGAUGGUGGUGUCAGCCGUCGGCCUCAACUCUCAAACUGGCAUCAUCUUUACUCUGCUGGGCGCCAGCGAGAAUGACGAAGAGAAGAAGGUCAAGAAAAGUAAAAAACAAGGACCCCCCGAAAAUCGCAACAAAGCCAAAACCCAGGACGGCAUCGCCCUGGAGAUCCAGCCGCUGAAGAGCGAUGAGGCUGCCGAGUUGGAGGAGAAAGAGGAGGCCAAACCAGUGAAGAAGGUCAACGUGACCAAGAAGGAGAAGUCGGUGCUGCAGGGCAAACUGACCAGACUGGCUGUACAGAUUGGGAAGGCUGGUCUGAUCAUGUCGGCUGUGACCGUCAUCAUCCUCAUCCUCUACUUUGUGAUCGACACCUUCGGGGUCCAGGGUCGGUCCUGGACAGCCGAGUGCACCCCCAUCUACAUCCAGUACUUCGUCAAGUUCUUCAUCAUCGGCGUGACAGUGCUGGUGGUGGCCGUUCCUGAGGGGCUGCCGCUCGCCGUCACCAUCUCUCUGGCCUACUCUGUCAAGAAAAUGAUGAAGGACAACAACCUGGUGCGUCACCUGGAUGCCUGUGAGACUAUGGGCAACGCCACGGCCAUCUGCUCGGACAAGACGGGCACGCUGACCAUGAACCGCAUGACGGUGGUGCAGGCGUACAUUGGCGACACACACUACAAAGGCGUCCCCGAACCCGACGCCAUCAAACCAGAGACUCUAGAAAUGAUGGUCAACAGCAUCUCCAUCAACUCGGCGUACACCACCAAGAUCCUGCCUCCGGAGAAAGAAGGCGGCCUGCCCCGCCACGUGGGCAACAAGACUGAGUGCGCUCUGCUGGGCCUGGUGCUGGACCUGAAGAGGGACUACCAGCCAAUCAGAGACGAGGUCCCCGAAGAGAAACUCUACAAGGUUUACACCUUCAACUCCUCCCGCAAGUCCAUGAGCACAGUGCUGAAGAACGCUGAUGGAGGCUUCCGCAUGUACAGCAAAGGAGCGUCAGAGAUCAUCCUGAGAAAAUGCUCUCGUAUCUUGGACGCCCAGGGUCAGCCUCGCAUCUUCAAGCCAAAGGACCGUGAUGAGAUGGUGCGUAAGGUGAUUGAGCCAAUGGCGUGCGACGGGCUGAGGACCAUCUGCGUGGCUUACAGGGACUUUCCCGCAGAGGCCGGCGAGCCGGAAUGGGACAAUGAGAACGACAUCCUGAACGAGCUCACCUGCAUCGUUGUGGUCGGCAUCGAGGACCCCGUCAGACAUGAGGUACCUGAGGCUAUUUCUAAGUGCCAGCGUGCAGGCAUCACUGUACGUAUGGUCACCGGAGACAACAUCAACACCGCCCGCGCCAUCGCAACUAAGUGUGGCAUCCUUCUGCCCGGAGAGGACUUCCUGUGUCUGGAGGGCAAGGAGUUCAACCAGCAGAUCAGAAACGACCAGGGAGAGGUGGAACAAGAGCGUCUGGACAAAGUUUGGCCCAAACUACGUGUUCUGGCUCGUUCCUCACCGACAGACAAACACACUCUGGUCAAAGGCAUCAUUGACAGCACGGUGGGUGAAACUCGACAGGUGGUGGCAGUGACAGGAGACGGUACCAACGAUGGCCCUGCCCUCAAGAAAGCUGAUGUUGGCUUUGCCAUGGGAAUCGCCGGCACAGACGUGGCAAAGGAGGCGUCUGACAUCAUCCUGACCGACGACAACUUCACCAGCAUCGUCAAGGCCGUCAUGUGGGGAAGGAACGUCUACGACAGCAUCUCCAAGUUCCUGCAGUUCCAGCUGACCGUCAACGUGGUGGCCGUGAUCGUGGCGUUCACCGGCGCCUGCAUCACACAGGACUCCCCUCUGAAGGCCGUCCAGAUGCUCUGGGUCAACCUCAUCAUGGACACUCUGGCGUCUCUCGCUCUGGCCACCGAGCCGCCCACCGAGUCUCUGCUGUUACGAAGACCGUACGGCCGCAACAAGCCUCUCAUCUCCAGGACCAUGAUGAAGAACAUCCUGGGCCACGCAGUGUACCAGCUUGUCAUCAUCUUCACUCUGCUCUUCGCUGGUGAGACAAUUUUUGACAUCGACAACGGCCGCAACUCUCCCCUGCACUCACCGCCGUCGGAGCACUACACCAUCGUGUUCAACGUGUUCGUCAUGAUGCAGCUCUUCAACGAAAUCAACGCCAGGAAGAUCCACGGAGAGAGGAACGUGUUCGAGGGCAUCUACAGGAACCCCAUCUUCUGCAGCGUUGUACUGGGGACCUUCGCCCUGCAGAUCGUCAUCGUUCAGUUCGGAGGGAAGCCGUUCUCCUGCACGGCUCUGACCAUCGACCAGUGGCUGUGGUGUGUGUUCAUCGGUGUGGGCGAGCUGCUGUGGGGACAGCUGAUCUCGGCCAUCCCCACCCACCACCUCAAGUUCCUGAUGGAGGCGGGUCACGGCAGCACGAAGGAGGAGAUCCACGAGGAGCAGAUGACGGAGGGCGCCGAUGAGAUCGACCACGCCGAGAUGGAGCUGAGGAGAGGCCAGAUCCUCUGGUUCAGAGGUCUGAAUCGCAUCCAGACGCAGAUGGAUGUGGUCUAUACCUUCCAGACGGGCCAGGCGCCGGUGCCCGGUGCCCUGCGCCGCCAGCCGUCUGUCGUCAGCCAACACAAUGACACCACUGUGGUGAACGCGUUCCGUAGCUCCCUGUACACGGGGCUGGAGAGCCCAGAGUCCCGUAGCUCCAUCCACAGCUUCAUGGCCCAUCCUGAGUUCGUCCCCCUGUCCGAGGAGGAGGCUCGCAUCCCCCCCAUCGAGGAAACUGUUGACGAGAUCGACCCCCUCCCCAGCGCCUCCUCUAGGGCGGUGGGAGGAGGAGAGCCGCCCAGCGCCUUCCCCCACAGCCGCGAGUCAUCCAUCUGAGCUCCUCCCUCCUCCUCCUCUUCCUCCUCCUCCUCCCUCCUCUCUAUCAGCAUCAUCUGUCAUCCCACCAGCUGAACUGUCGCACUGAGGAGGGAAGUCAUCACUCUGCUCAUCCCCUCAUUCUGCACACACACACAUGCUUCACAUCGUUUUCACCCCCCUCAGUCAUUCCUGCCACGUUGUGUUUUUCAUACUGACUGUGGCGGUCUGCCUGUAAGUUUGUUCCUCCACCACCACCACCACAUGCAUGUAUCAGUAGAAGGUGGAGUCCAGAGUCUCCACUGUGGAAGGCCUGUCCUUGUCCAUUCAUGUAUAUUUUUUACUUGAUGAUCAUUUUGAAAAGCUUUUAAACUAUGUUGGGUUCGAUCUUUGCGGGACUCGCAGCAGCAUGUCGUGUUCUGUACUCGCUUCAUUCCUGCGUAACGCUCUCAAAAACUGCACCGAACUUUUCAAAAGAGUGCAGUGAUUCUCAUGUACAUACGCUUUCGCUCCACACAGCUAACAGCCGGGUUUGGUGAUCAGAAGAUUUUUAGGCAAAUGCAAAAAUGUAAUCUUUUUUUUUUUUGUUUGUUUUUAAAAUCUCUAACAAUUGUUAAUUGAUGGUUGAUUCAAACUCCUUAGAAUGUCUUGUGAGUGUGACACUACAGUGUUCAAGGUUCAACUGUUUAAAAAAAUGUUCUUCCCUUUAUCGUGUCUGUAUGUGUUGGUUUUUCUUUAGCUGCUGUGUUGCAUGUUGAAGGACAGAAUGUUUACUACCCAAAAAUAUCUAACAUGGCGGCGUCCAGAGAGGGCUUGCUAUCUGCUCAACAGGGGUCUGACCUCAUCUCAUCCAGUCAGGGUUCUGGUUUUCUCUGCCCCUCCCCCAUUACGUCCACGGUGUCGACAGGAAACAGGAGUGUUGUUCAUGUUUCUCCCUCUAGUAGGAUGCAUGUUAUGUUUCAUUCGUGUUGAGUCGCAUGAUAACUUAGGAAUGAAUAUUUGGGAUUCUGUUUAGACAUGUGUGUUAGCAUCUGUUCAGAGCUUCAUUAACUUCCUGUCUGUCGGACUGAACAUCCUGUUACCACAACAGGACAAAAACAGACUCAUCAAUACUCAGCUCAUGUAGAGGAAACUGCAGCAGGGCAGUUAAAGCCCUAAAAUACUCUCAUGUACUUCAGUUGGUGUCUGCGUACGUUGACAUGUGGUCAGAGAUUUUGUGGUUGCUUGUGAACGUGAUUCACCCAUACAUACCCAUGCAGGGUUGCUCGGGGCUGGAGCCAAUCCCAGCUCACAUUGGGCGAAAGGCAGGUACUCCCCAGUCGGCCAGUCGUGCCUUCCUUGCUGUUGUCACGGCAGAGGUAGCACAGAUAAAAUGAGGCCACAACAUACGCUUAAUGCCUUGAUUGCCAACAACAAGAAAGGAUUCAGGAUUCCCCACACACCACACACACACACACAGUGUUUGUACCAGUUAAUUUAGGUUAACAAAUAGACACAGACAGAAACUAAACUAAAAUAUUUCAGGGAUGAAAGUUAUCACUCAUUGUCCAUCAAACGCCAACUUUCUUGUGUUCUCAUCUCCUUCCUCCUCUCUCUCUCUCUCUGUCUCUUUGCCCCCGACAGACUCAUAUUAGAUAAGACCUGCCCACCUGAAGUUUGGCUACCAAUCAAAAAUGACAACCUGUGACCGUGACACUGUGAGGCGACCCCACUAACCACUGUGCUGUCCUCGCAGAUGACAAAAUUUAUGUCAUGUGGACGCUUUGCUCUGCUUUUCGACACGGUGUCAGAGUCGACGAAACAUUUAGCUCACUUCUUUCAGGUUUGGACUCUCCAAACUGAACACUACUGCCACAGGAUGAGAAAGUACUCAUCCCUUUGUCUCUUAAAAAUAAAAGUCUUUCUGGAUAAAGUCCUUAAGUUUUAUUUAUUCAUCUAUCCAUUUUCAGCCACUUAUUUAGAUCUGGGUUGCAGUGAUGCCAGACUAAGCCAGGUAGCCCCAGAUUACCUUGUCUUCUCCCCACACACAUCCUCAAGCUCUUCCUGGUGGAUCCAGAGGUGUUCCCAGACCAGAUAGGAUGUAUAAUCCCUGCAGUGUGUUCUGGGUCUGCCAGAGCUUCCUCCCAGUUGGACGUGUCCAGUAUAUAGCCACAGGGAGGCGCCCUGAUCAGAUGGUAAACCAUCUCAGCUGACUCCUUUCAACAUGAAAGAGCAGUGGUUCUACUCUGUGCUCCUCGCCUUCACCCCAUUUCACCUCCCGUUGACAAGCCUUCGUCUCAGUUAGCACCACCCACAGCAAGUUCACAUCUAUUUGUGCUCACAGAGGCAGACUCACGCUGUCUGAGGGGCAGAGGUGAAAAAAAUAAAAUGGGCACCAGCGCACAGAAAGUCGUGAGGCAUUUACGGUGAAACAGUUCCAAACCCUGGUUAAGAUUAGAAUUGUAUUAUUAUGUGACUCGGAUUUAAAGUAUAACAACUACACCUCUGUAAUAAAAAUACACAGAGAACUAUUAACUAUUUAAUCAUUUAGAGCAGGCCUAUUCAACUAGCGGCCCGCGGGCCACAUCUGGCCCAGAAGCAGCCUCCAAGUGGCCCAGCAUACAUAAAUCUGAUGUAUGACAAAAUAAGUAAACUACAUAUAUAGUGUAUGGAAGGAGCUAACGAGUGAGCCAUCUCGCUUCCUUCUUGUCUCUGUUGAGAGUUGCACAUGCGCAGUACCGAUCGGGCGGGAUGUUUACGGAUGUAGCGACACCGCCAAUUAUAUCUUUCACAAAUCAACGCUUAGUAGCUUUUCAAAACAUCUAGCUAUUGAUAGUCACAAGUAGGGAAGUGCUCUACUGAAAAUAUGUCUCUGUCAACCCUGAAACGUAAAUUUGACAAUGAAAACCGUCAGUUUAACUCUGCCUGGACUGGCAAGUAGUAGUUUAUUUUACCACCAUCUCCAAAUGCCUGCUAUUUUUUAUUACAUUCAUUUGCAUUUGUUCAAAAUUUGUUGUUACCAAAAAUUCUGAAAUUAGCUUUGUGUUCAUUGUUGCUAAUAAAAGGGGGGUGACAACAGUAUCAAUGGGUCUGUUUUGGGUCAAAGAGCAGGAAGUUAAUGGAUCUCUGAACAGGGUCUGGACAGUCUGUCUGUGUUUAGGACAAAUCUUAGUACCAGUUCUGAUGUUUUUGUUGCCUUGUUUGUCAGAUUUUAUGUACAGAAACUAAAUCAGCUGUCAGUGACAUCACACAGCGAGCAGCAGAGAAGGUGUUUGACCGCCAUCCCUCUCUGCUCUGCUGUGUUUGAUUGACAGACGUCAGUGUGGCGGCCACGCUGAGGUUUAUGGGAGACUGAUGAUGUCACGAGUCGGCCUGUAGAGUUAAAUCCAUUGUGUGUCCCUGCUGCCGCUAAGUAUGGAGUAGUAAGAAAUCAUCUCCCAAUCAGAAGUAGCGAUGUGUCUAAUCCCCUCUUAGUUUGACUAGCAGCCCUCAAUCAACCUUUCUAUGAACUAGGACACGUUAUUGAAGUAAUGUGCUACUACUGCCAUAUUUCCAACUUUUUGUCACUACUAGGUUCUUCCUCUCCCCUCUGAUGAGCUUUUUCUAUGUAACUCAGAGCCAUAUUUUAUAGGUUGUCUGUAUUGUUUUUUAUCUCAUUGUUAUCGAGGUUUCCUUUGGACUUUCUCACCCCUGACCCCGCCUCCCUGGCCCUUUACUCCAAACACGACCAAAAAGCAAGGAGAAAAUCUUCAAUCGUCACUGCCGAACCAAGUUUAAAGGACCUCUACAAUGUUUACAUGAAAAGCAAGUGGGUGGCAGUUCGCCUGCGCUUCUCUCAUCCAACCACUUCCCUUUCAUUCCCUUGCUUUCUUGAAUCUUAGAGUUACUAUUUAACUAAAUGGGGAAUCUUUCUUGCAUGGUUUUCAUAUAAAAUUCAAUGUUUUGCUCAUUUUUUACAAUUCUUCUGUAUUUUUAUAUUAAGUACUUUUUAAUAUUUUGGAGAUAUAUGAAUAUAUAUGUAUAGGCUGAAGAGUUUGGUGACAGUACAGUACAUGAAUGAGAUGAAUCUAACGUGGUCUUUUUACAGCUCUCUAAAUAUUUAUGCCACGUGUGUCGUCUUGGUCACCUGAUGUUAGGGCUCAGAAACCUGCAGUGACUUGUUUACUUCCUGUUGGCCGUUCAAUUGGAAUCUCAACAAUCUAGUUUCAUCAGCCCCCUUUUACGUGAGCAUAUUCAUUUUAUCUAAGAUGUUGUGAUUCACUACACGCUAUGUGAUUUCGCAGUUAUCCAAUUCCAUUAGAGUUCAGCAAAUGCAAAAUGAAUACAGCUAACUGUAUCAAACAUUAAAUGGGAGUGUAUAAUUAUUUAUUCAA